CAAGAGAGGGGAGGGAGGAGAGAGAAACAGCCGCCUUCAAAAAUGGCGUCUUCAAGGGAAAAUGACUAAUAUUAUGAAAAAAAGACGAGGCCGCGAUCUCAAAAUCUAGUUGGAUUAAAUCGGAAUCAGGACGUUGAUUAUUUUUUUAGGUGUAGUAUAUCGUCUCUUUCUCAAAACGCGAAAACAAAGGGAGGACGAAAAUAUGAAAAUAGAGCAGCACCAUCUUAUUCGGAUGCGUCGACAGGGCUAGCUCGAUGCUAGCUAGCUCACAACAAAUUUGGGGUGGGAAUUUUUUUGCAUGCCAUAUCGAAAUGCAUUGAGAUUACACUUACUCCUAAUAUCGUGGCACACUUUGCUUGAGAAUUUAGGCUAUAAUGUAACAGCGGUUGAUCCACCCUGCGUGCGUGGCCAUUAGCUUACCUUUCGACUCAAGUAAAGUAAGCGGAGAGAGGGGAGAAGAGGCGGAGGAAAGGACGUGUACGGUCAUAUGUGUACAUCAGUCAUUUAUUGCUUUCCUAAUUACAUUUGAUUAUCUUUUGCAGCACAGCCAUAGGUUUUCAUAGAGAAUGUUUUUUGUUUAACGGUAGGGGAGGGAGAGUAAGACAGGAGGUAACGUUUUCUCAUUAUUAUUUCCAGAGGACGGUGAACACCCCCUCUACCCUCUCCUCCAUUUCUCUCCCUCUCAAUAUGCCGUAUUUCCACUCGCAUGGAUUUGCUUUUUGAACGGAGGAUAAUGAACAGAACCUGACAGUCACGAAGACCUAGUCGCACAGUCGGGAUUAUUGGAACCCGCGUUCCGCUGCCUCCAUCAGCUCUGUCGCACAUAUUUCACUAAUGGAUAGAAAUUACCCAGGAGCGGGCUUUGGUGAUCUAGGCGCAGGAGCAGGAUGGAGCUAUGAGAGAUCGGCGAAGGCAAGUCUGGUCUAUGGAAGCUCCAGGUCAUCGCAUCCAGAGUCAGAACUCCUUCACCGGCAGGCCUACGGCACACCCCACCCUCUGCAGGGCUAUGCAACUAAUCACCACCCAGGUAGCUCUGGCCAGGGAGGAGCCUGGGGUGCAGCUGGGCGAAGUUUGGGCCUGUCAGGGUUGUUUGAUGCAGGGCUUCACCACGCCAGCCCCUCAGGUGCGGAUGCAUCCGUCAUGAACCUGAUCUCUGCCCUGGAGUCCCGCGGCCCUCAGCCGCCGCCUUCCGCCUCCUCCCUCCUCUCGCAGUUCCGCACGCCUUCCUGGCAGACUGCGAUGCACACCCCAGCCCCAGCCGAGCUCUUCAUCUCUGGCGCCCUUCCCGGAUCUGGCUCCUUCCCAUCGUCCUCCGCCCUGUCCGCCUAUCAGCACCCGGCCUCCUUCUCCGGCCGCUCCUUCCCCGGCGUCUCCCUGCAGGACGCCUCCACCUUCAGCCCCACCUCCAACGGCCUCCUGUCGCCGCACGACCCGCUGCUGCACAUCAAGACGCCCUCGCAGUCCAGCCUGGGCUUCGACCGGCUGCUGUCGUCCCAGGGCGCGGCGGCCGCCGCCUACCGCGGGGGUCACGACCCCACUGGCGGCAGCGUGUCGUCGGCCCAGGCGUCCGCGUCGGCCUCGGCGGCAGCGGCGGCGGCUUCAGCGCGCCACCUCCAGUCGCACCAGUUCAACUUGCUGUCGUCGCAGCUCCAGGAUCAGUCCUCGCAGCUGUACGGCGCCUCCGUCUUCUCCUCGGCGCCGGCCCCGCCGCCGCCGCAGCCGAGCACCCAGGAGCGGACGGCGCCGCGGCAGGACAGCGUCAUCAAGCAUUACCAGCGGCCCAGCUCGGCCCAGGCGCCCUCGUCCGCCCCGCACCCCCUCCAGCACUAUCUCAGCUGCGGGGUGUCCGGGUACCAACAGCCCCCGCCGCCGCCGCCGCCGCCCCCCUCCCACUCCCGGCACGGAGGCCUCUCGGCCUGCAGCCCGCUCGGGGAGCACAGCCCCUCGUCGGACCACAAGCCCUCCCCCCGGAUCGAGCAGUACCGGCCCAUCAUUCAGCCGCCGUACCCUUCCUCCUCCUCCUCUUCCUCAGGAGCCGCCGGGAAAGGGACGAAGAGCAGCUCCAGCAGCGGCUACUCGUCCUCCGGCUCGGGGUCGUCGUCGCGGACCCCCCACACUCCCCCGUCGGCGUCGUCCGCGUCGUCCUCCUCUUCCUCCUCGUCCUCCUCUUCCUCGGCGGCCGGCGUGCGGGCGUCCAACUCCCUCCCGACCUCCAGCUCCACCUCGGCGCCAUCGCGCCAGCAGCCGCCCACCCAGUCCGCGCCCCCUCCCCCUCAAACGCACCCUCAACCGGCGCCAACAUCCUCCAACUCCACACAGCAGUCCAUACCCAAGUCCUGUCUGUCCGGCUACGGGUCCCCCGUGGCCUCGGUCAAGCCCUCGAGCAGCCUGACCGGUCAGACGCCGCCACAGCCGCAGGCCCAGCCUCAGUCUUACUCCCCCGGUCAGCCCCCGUCGUCCCACCUCUCGCAGUCGUACGGCGGCUUCAGUUCCCCGCAGGCCCACGACCUGCCCUCCGGCAGGGGCUCUGGCGCCAAGGGCUACGGCAGCAUGGGCGGACAGUCCUACUCGGCCGACUCCGUCUACGGGGCGGAUUCCGGGUACGGCUCGUUGCCGCCCUCUCUGGGGGGCGCCGGGAGCCCGUCGAUGGGCUACGGAGCCGCCGGGCACUCGCCCGCUCUCCUGCGCUCCGGAGGAGGUGGCGGAUCAGGGGGCGGGGGCAACAGCGCGGGCAGCGGGGGCGGCGGAGGUGGCAGCAGCGGAGGCGGCGGUGGGUCGUACCACCUCCCCGACUCCAGCCCCUCUCCCUCCGGCAAUUCUGGAAUCAUCCGUCCAGGGCUGCACUCCCCCGUGCCCUCCCGGCCUGUCCAGUCGCCCGUCGGGGCCGCCGGCUCGAACAAGUACCUGUCGUCGGUCCUGUCCCCCUCUUUCCUGCCGUCGCCUCAGGGCUACCCCGACACACGGGGACCGCGCUCCCAGUCCUACCACCCCCCGCCGCCGCCCAAGUCCAAGUCGGACGCGGGCCUGCUCGGGGUGGCCGAGAGGGGAGCUCCGCCGGAGGACGACGACGAGGAGGACUUCCUCAUCCAGCACCUGCUGCAGUCCCAGAGCCCCGCGCCCCAGGCCUCCCACCACCACCCUCCGCCGUCGGCCCAGCAGCAGCAGCAGCCUGUGGCCUCCACUCAGGAUGCCGGCAAGGGUCUGGCCUACGAGAUGAGCAAGAGCUCCGAGGAGAGGUACCACCUCCAGAGCGUCAUCCGCACGCACAGCGCCACCUCCAACAGCGGCGUCUCCGGACCCGGCGCCAGCGCGGGCCUGGACGGCCAGCUGGAGAUGUCAUUGAAGAAACAGCAGCAGCAGCAGCAACAACAACAUAAACAACAUCAACAACAACAACAACAACAGCAGCAGCAUAAGCAGCAUCAACAACAACAACAGCCACCACAACAACACCAAUCGCAACAUCAACAGCAGCAGCAUCAGCAGCAACACCCGCAGCAGCACCAUCAGCAGCAGCAGCAGCAGCAGAAGAGCAGCAGGUCCAUCAACGACGGACGGGGCAGCGCGGAGCAGGCGCACCCCCACUCGCACCACCACGACGCCCUGGGCUCGGUGGUCCACUACGGCCGCGGCGACCCCUACUCCCAGCACCCGCUGUCGCAGCACGCGGCCGGCCACCACCCGCACAGCUCCCACUCGUCCCACUCCUCGCACGCCCCGCACACCCCCACGCACCCGCACCUGCACUCCCACCCCCACAUGGAGCUCCAGAAGAAGGCGCAGGACUCGGCCGACAUGGCGUACGUGUGCAAGACGCCCGAGGUGCCGCCGCAGCAUCACCAUUCGCACCAACACGCGCAGCAACAACAACAACAGCAUCAACAUCAACAGCAACAACAACAGCAUUCACAACAACAGCAACAGGCGCAGCAGCAACAGCAGCACCAUCAUCAACAACAGCAGCCUCCGCCCCAGCACGCGCAGCACCACCCACAGCAGUCCCACCCGCAGCAGUCCCAGCAGCACCACGCGCCGCCGUCGCGUUCAUCCCAGUCGCAGUCGUCCAUCUCCAUGAUGGACUCUCCGACCGACCAGCCGCGGCAGCCUCCGCACCUGCUCCAGUCGGUCCUCUCCCACACCACGCGGAACAAGAUGGAGGCCCAACAGCAGCAACAACAACAACAACAACAACAGCAGCAGCAGCAGCAACAGCACUCCAUGAGCCAGCAGCAGCAGGCCAUGAUGGAGGCGGCAGCCGCUGGGGGCGUGACGGAGAGCCAAGCCCGACAGCAGCAGCAGACGUCCCAGCUGCAGCUCCAACUCCAGUCCCAGGCUUUAGAGUCGGUGGGCCACUACGGGCGCGCGUCUCAACAACAGCAGCAGCAGCAGCAGGACCAGUCUCGGUCCAAGUCCUCGACGGUGUCGUCCCUGGACAUGCUGGAGCGCUCGCUCUCGCGGACGUCCAGCACGGAGGGCGGCAUGGGCGACGAGAGGGGCAGCGGCGGGGGAAGCGGCGGACGAGGCAUGGGCGCUCGGGGAGAGGCCGGGAGCGGCGGGUCCAUGGACCGCCACCGAGCCCAGCAGGAGCAGCAGCAGCAGCAGCAGAGACACCCGUCUCACCACGCCCAGCAGCACCACGCGUCCGAGCUGCACUCCUACCUGUCGGAGCCGGACCUGGGCAUGUCGGCGGCGGCUGCCCACGGGCACCAUAUGCCCACGUCGCACCACCAGGCCCCUCCGCCGCCACACCCAAACUCCCACCACCAACACCCCCACUCACAGCAGCAGCAGCAGCAGCAGCAGCAUCCUCGCGCCCAGAACCACCCGCACCACAUGUCCAACUCGCAGGCCGGUGGGUCAGCCGGCCAGCAGCAGCAGCAGCAGGACGGUCCUCACCCCGGUCACUCGAGUCAGCUCCAGCAGCCGCCUCCGCUGGAACAGGCGCACCAGGCGUCCGAGCAGCAGCACCAGUACGACACGCGGAGCCCGGCGGUCAAGCCCGGCGACAUGGGCCAGGGCCCGCCGCAGAGCCAGAGCCAGAGCCAGAGGUACGUGCCGCUGCCGUCCAUCUGCUUCCCGGACUCGCUCCUGCCGGACGAGGACCGGUCGUUCUUCCCGGGGAUGGAGGACAUGUUCUGCCCCGACGAGUACAAGUCCAGCUGCCACGGGGGCGAGAACCAGGGGCAGGAAGCCGUGUCACAGGGCCACGGGGGGCAGGAAGGCAUGGAGGGCAUGAAGGGGGCAGGAUCAGGUAGAGGAGACGGUACCGAGGGCGGCUACGACAUGCUUGGACACCACAGUGACCAAGGGUACGGCCAGUACUGCCCCGACCUUUCCGAGUCCGACAACGGAACCAUGCACCUGGACCUGGACUCGCUGAAGACUCACGAGCUGCCGUCCACCGUCAACACGGAGCAGCUGGGCCUGAUCCAGUCCCAGCCGCAGGGUCUCGGCAUGGGCGGCGCCGGAGCCAUGGGAGACGGUCCCGGGAACAAGAUGCAGAGCGCCGCCGGUUCCGGCCCGGGCGCGGGCGGACUCACCUCGCCGAUCUUCUGCUCGUCCCGACCCAAGAAGCUCCUCAAGUCCAGCUCCUUCCACCUCCUCAAGGAGAGGCCCGACCCCAACUCCAUGCCCAAGAAGAGCUACGCGCAGGAGUACGACUUCGAGGACGACGAGGACAAGGCCGACGGCCCCGCCGACAUCCGCCUGAACAGCCGCCGGCUCCCCGAUCUGAUCCCCGACCUCGUCUCCAGCUGCCGAAAGUCCGGCGGAGGCGGAAUGGGAGGCGGCGCCAUGAACCCGCUCAUGGAGGACCUCGACUUCGGGUACCCCUCUCUCGGCCCUCCCCCUCAACUGCUGCCCCACGACGGGCCCAAGAAGAGGGGCAGGAAGCCCACCAAGCCCAAACGGGAAGGACCCCCACGGCCGCGGGGUCGUCCGCGGAUCCGCCCGUUGCCCGAACCCCAGCUGUCGAGGAGCAUGAUGGGCGAGAUGGGCACGGGCUACGUGCCCCCGGAAAGAGGCAGGGGCCGCGGACGAGGCAGAGGCCGAGGGAGACGAGACGAGGCCAUGAUGGACAUUGAGAUGACACACAAGGAGCAGAACCAGCUCUAUCAUCAACACAUGCAGCAGCAGCAGCAGCAUCACCAACAUCAACAACAACAACAACAACAUCAUCAGCAGCAACAACAACAUCAACAGCAACAACAGACGAUGCCCCAUCAGCACCAGGAACCCAUCAAACCCAUUAAGAUCAAACUGCCCAUCAGCUCGGUGCCGUCCUCUGAUGCCCUGUUGCGGACGGACUCUCUGUCCGGCACCGACCAGGCGCUCUCUGACGGUUCCGUUGGGUCCGCUCCCUCUCUGGGCCUCAGCCCGGGGACCCCGGGCCCUCCCGACCUCAGCAGAAGCCAGGAGAAGAGCAAGUCCAAGAGCCAGGAGGCUGACGACAAAGAGCCAGAGAAGUCUGGCUUUAUGGCAUCUUUCUUGGACUUCCUGAAAUCCGGCAAGAAGACUCCAGGGAUGGGGAUGCCCCCAUGUCCCGGGGUUGGCCCUGGCAACGGGGACGCCUCUCCGGGAAAGACGGGUGGGAUUCGUCCCCUCUCUCCCCCUCCGCCCCCGCCCCCACCACCCCCGGCGUCCGGCGGCUUCGGCGAGAGCGAGGGCGACGGCAGCCUGUCGCUGGGCAGCUGCCCGAGCCCGUGCAAGCGCCUGGACGAUGAGCUCAAGCGCAACCUGGAGACACUGCCGUCGUUCUCCUCGGACGAGGAGGACUCGGUGGGCAAGAACCAGGACCUGCAGAAGAGCAUCUCGUCGGCCAUCUCGGCGCUCUACGACACGCCCCAGCUCAGCACUUCGUCGUCGCUCUCGGCGCCCUCCUUGCCCCCACCGCCUCCGCCGUCUCUCCCCGCUCCGCUCACCCCCACCCAGCAGCCUCCCGCCCUCAGCCCGCAGCCCCCGACGCACACCCCGCACGGCCAGCACGCCCACGGCCUCGGUCAGCACGCCGAGCCCGCCGUGCUCGAGCGUGAAGAGGCGCCGGAGGAAGAGCCGGAGGAAGAGCCGGAGGAAGAGGAGGAAGAGAUGGAGAUGGAGCAGGAGUCAGAGGAGCAGCAGCAGCAGCAGCAAGAGGAGCUGCGUCGGGAGGAGGAGGAGGAGGAGGAGGAAGAGGAGCGAAAGGACAGCGAGGAAGAGGACGAGAAGGACGACACCGAGGAGGACCGAGUUCCUGAGCUCGAGAUGCUGGGCGUUCCGAAGGUCGGAGACUCUCCAGAACAGACUCCUCUGCCAACGGGCCCCUCUUCUCCUCCUGCCCUCUCUCCAUCCUCCGCUCCUUCCUCCUCUCCCUCUCCCUCUCCUCCCCCGCUCCCGCCUCUCUCCCUCCCGUCACCCCUUCCCCAAGAGGAGGAGGAGGAGGAGGAAGAGGAGGAGGAGGAUGCUCCGCAGCCGGACAAGGAGGAGCAGCAGCAAUCGUCGGCGGCGUCCUCUCCCGCUCCCCUGAGCCCGCUCGCCCCCUCCAUCCCCGUCCUCUCGCCCCCGCCGCCGCCGCGGCCCUCCUCGGCUUCCCGACCGCCGUCCGCCCCCCUGUCGCUGGACGCGGCGGGAGGAGGAGACGACGACGACAACGACGACAACGACGGCGGCGACGACGACAACAAUGUGGCGCCUACCGCCGCCGAGUCAUCGCCCUCCCCCAGCCACUCGGGGGGAGAGUCGUCUCCGGCGCCGUCCUCGCCCGCUGCCCCCGAGUCCCCUGCGUCCCCUCAGCGGGCGGCGCCGGCGGCCCUGGUGCCCCCCGAGUCUCCGGAGGAGCCGCCCACGCCCCAGAUCCUGCCGCUGCACCUGGCGCAGAAGCAGCCGGGCGCGGCCAUCACCGGCGAGAGCGAGGAAGACGAGAGCGAGAGCGGCGGCGAGGGCAUCUUCCGCGAGCGCGACGAGUUUGUCGUGCGCAUCGAGGACAUCAAGCAACUCAAGCUGGCGCUGCAAACGGGCCGAGAGCCGCCGCCUAUCUGGAGGGUGCAGAAAGCUCUGCUGCAGAAGUUCAGCCCCGAGAUCAAAGACGGCCAACGGCAGUUCUGUGCUACCAGCAACUGUCAGUAUUUGGGCUACUUUGGUGAUGCGAAGAAACGGUACCAGCGGCUGUACGUGAAGUUCCUGGAGAAUGUGAACAAGAAGGACUAUGUGAGAGUCUGCUCCCGCAAGCCAUGGCACAGACCCUCCGUCACGCUCAGGCGCCAGUCCCUUCAGAGGAUGGCCGCCCCUGCCAACAACCAGUCGGCCCCUCUGGCGGAGAAGGAGGAGAAGGACAAGCCAAAAGAGAGGGAGCAGCGCGAGACGAGAGAGAGGAGCAACGCCAAGGAGCGGGAGCAGCGCGCCUCCGACCGGGCGGUGAAGACGAAAGAGAAGGAGCGCGAGAAAGAGAGGGAGCGCCGAGCCCCGCCGGCCAUCGAGAAGGCCGAGAAGAGGAGCACGGCGGCGGCGACUGCCGAACGCGCCAAAGCGAAGGAGGAGAAGAAGGGAGGCGGAGGCGGAGGCGGCGGCGGCGGAGAGAGGAGGUCGGAGCGUCCCUCCAAACCGGUCCAGGUCAAGGCCAAGGCCGAGCCGCCGCCGAAGAAGAGGAGGAAGUGGCAGAAGGAGGUGCCGUCGUCAUCCUCGUCCGACUCCUCGGCCAGUGAGGAUGAAGUAUCUGUGCGAGGUGGGCUGAACACACGUGCCAUGAGGGAGAUGUUCCGCAGCUACGUAGAGAUGCUGGUCAGCACGGCACUGGACCCCGACAUGAUCCAGGCGCUGGAGGACACUGAAGACGAGCUGUACCUCCCGCCCAUGCGAAAGAUUGACAGCAUCCUCGGCGAACAGAAACGGAAGCUCCUGAGGAGAGUCACCAUGGCCUCCCAACACCAGGAAGCCCUUCACACCUUCCCUCAAAUAUCUGCCGACCCGCUUGAUUCUGGAACAGUGAGGGUGCGGCUAGGCGGGGAGGGCUACAAUCGGAAAACCCUGAACCGUGUCAAAAAGAGUCUGCCCAAACCACAGGACCUUAAACUGUCGACUGAAACGUGUCGCAUCUACAGCCUCUAUCAUUCUCUUCAUCAUUAUAAAUACCACACAUUCCUACACUGUAAAAAAGAGACUGUCAGUAUAGAGCAGGCUUCAGAAGACCCUGGCCAAGAGGAGGUGGUGCAGCAGUGUAUGGCCAAUCAGAACUGGCUUGAGACCCUUUUCAACUCCUUUAUCGAGCUCAUGGCCCUCAGCUCAAAAGCGUGAGAGAGGCAGCAGGAGCGAUGAGGAGGGUCAAAGUGCUGCCCUCUACAGUCCUGGCUGAUGUAGUGCAGGCAGAAGGACUACGAGGACAGGAGAAAUGAAAUUUUAGAACAAUUUCAUAGGCGAGAUUUGGAAGCUGCUGCCAUGCCUCGGAUCUGUUCUGGAAUAUUACACGAAAAUCUGCCUGACUUCAAGGCAUCAGUGCGAAACAAAAAGUGGGUCGUAAAUAUCCUUUUUGAAACCGAUUCUUAUAGCUUCAGCACCUGACAAGAAAUGGGACUGAGGGUGACGUGGUGAAGAAGACCACCGUCUCCACCCUCUGUAGUGAGAUUCACUUGAAUGAGAAGAGUAAGAGGCCAUUGUGAAACAGGAGCCAUCGCAUUUAAAAGAUAAACAAGCAAACUCAAUGGGGGGACAGGACAAAACGAUGAAGAUGAAGAAUGCAACGGUGUGGUUUGAGUCACACCUUGCAAAAAGAGAAAAAAAAAACGUUGAUGCAAAAAGACAGAUAUGAUACGGCACUGUGAACCAUGAUAUUCAAGGAAGUACGGAAUCACAUUUCGAUGCAAAAGGAGACUUUUUUUUGUUGUCGUUGUUUUGGGUUUUUUUUUUUGAGAGGGCGCUGUGAGUCAGUUGACUCAUUGUGCACUUCAUUACUGACAGCGUGAACUGGUUCUGAACAAUGGUUAGAGAGUGAAACUGUUACUGUUUUACACAGAAUUAUUUUUUAAAAAAUAAUAAUGGUUUUAUCCUACUCUGUGAGUGACACUACAGAGCAGGUGAGAAGACUGGUAGUGUUUCUAAUGACGAGUGAAGAAUGCAGUGAGAUUUUAAAAUGGACUCCGAGAGGAUGGGUGGCGGGAGGGGGGGUAAAUAUGUAUUGACAUUCAAUGCUUCAGGCAAUGUGAGUGCUGUGUAUGAUGUAGAAUAAUACUAUACACGCAUUUUUAUUAUUUAUACGAAAGACGUUUUUAACAGGAACUCACAUGAGAGAAACACAUUCAUUAGCCCUUGAAGUAACUCUUUUUCGUUUGUUUGUUUGUUUUAUUUGUUUGUUUCCAAAGGUUACAAAUGAAAUGUUUUUGCCACAUUUCCUAGCUUUCUGCCUUUACGCUCUGCACGAAGGAUUUGCGUUCAAGGAGGACUUAAAGUGGCGUCAGUUUUAGUGUUUUUGUUUCAUUUUUAAAAAUAAGAUGCAGAGAAUGUGGAGGAAGAGAGAAAAAAAAGUUAAAUAUAUUUGAAAACUAAACAGCAUUGUAGGCUAUAAUUUCAUUCAUUCAUUCAUCCAUUCAUUCAUUAAAAAAAUAAAUAAAAAAAACAAAACAAAAAAAACGGUUGUAAGAGAGCUUCGAGAAGCAUUCUGCUCCCCACAAGGGAUGGUUUAUGUACACGUAAUAUUUAAGGAUGUUUUCAUUUUAUCCGCUUGUUGUUUGUUGGUAUCAUGAGUAUUAUUUUGGAACAAUCUUAAUAUUUCUGUUUCCCCCCUGAAAAACAGCCUUGUGUAAAUAUUGUACAGCUUCUGCCACAGCCCCCUCUGCUUCUCCUGAACAUGGACUAUCCUUGUAUUUGACAAACAAAUAAAAAACCUUCAAAGUGGAGUAACAUCA